AUGGAGGAGGGUCAGUCCUCCUCCACUAACCUACCGGCGGGAUCUGCAAGCCGGUCAUCUUCUCCCACCACUUCUUGGUGUCGUUUCUUUAAGGAAGCAGCACCUGAGUUUCAGAAUCUUAAGUUCCAUAGUCAUGUCCGUGGAAAGAAAGUCUCGAUUACAAGAAAAGAUGUGGUUGAUGAGAUCCAAUAUUGGUCCUCUUCUGUAGUAGGUUAUGUGAUGGGUAAGAAACCUUACUAUCAUUAUUUUAAAUCAUAUGUGGAGAAGAGGUGGUCCAAGAAUUUUAAAUUGAUGUAUUUGAAGGAUGGAUUCUUCUUGGUUCAUUUUCAUGAUAAGACUGAUGUUAAUAAGGUGUUGUCUAGAAUCCAUACAUUCGAAGGAAAACCUAUAAUCCUUAAGCGUUGGAGUAAAAAUGUUAACUUGGAGAAAGAGGUCUUGGAAUUGGUUCCUAUUUGGAUUCGUAUUUAUGAUCUUCCUAUUCAUUGUAGAAAGGCACAUGUGGUGUCUAUGGUAUGUUCUUUCUUUGCCAAGCUAAUAGACAUGGAUGAUUUAGAACUUAAUCAAGACAAAGGAAGAUAUUUGCGAGUGAUGGUGGAGGUGGAUGUUAAGGAAGAGUUACCUAACUCAAUGGUGGUGGAUAUUCAUGGUAUUGACUGUGAGAUUACGUUGGAGUAUGAGUAG